CAAACUGUCGGUUGCGGUCAGAAGCAGUUCGAAAUGAAAUCAUUUCAAACCUGCCGCAGUCUUAGCACAGCAUGAUAUAAGUGCAAAGUGCAGUCUUCUACACUCUAGGUCUUUCCAUCCUUCUCUUGAUCAUCCUUAUCAUCGAUCGAGCGAGUCUCUGCUCAUCCACCAGGCUUCCAUUGAGUGUCGUUAACACCGGUCUAUCUUACACCCAAUCCCGGGCCAGGCUGCCGCACUCUUGCGUCUUACUCGCGUAAGCAGUCCCAAAUAUAUAAGCGGUCGCACCCCUGCAGUCAUGGCUUCUGUUACCCUCCCGCGCAUCGGGUUUCUGGGCGGAUAGGAUGUCCUACUUUGAGGAUACGGAACAGGGUAUGGACGACAUCGAGGUGGAUUUGGAUGCUGAGUAUGAUAAACGAACGCCGUUGGACAAAACUAUUGAUAGGAUUGGGAUGGGGAGUUAUCAAUGGACGCUGCUGUCAUUAUGCGGAUUCGGAUGGAUGGCAGAUAAUAUGUGGAUUCAAGCUGUUGCAAUAAUUCUCCCUAGAGUACAACAGCAUUUUUCAGUUCCUGACAACUACAUCGGGACUCUUUCAUCGUCCAUGUUCGCCGGCAUGAUGUUCGGCGCUGUGGGCUGGGGAACCUGCUCCGACCUCCUGGGGCGCAGUGCUGCAUUUAACGCAACACUCUUUUUCACUGCCUUAUUCGGUAUCCUCUCAUCGUUUGCAUGGUCGUUUUGGUCAUUAUGUAUCCUGCUGUUCUUCCUUGGUAGCGCAGUUGGUGGUUCAAUGCCAACUGACGGCACCCUUCUUCUCGAGCAUAUGCCUAACGGGAAGCAAUAUCUCGUCACGGCCCUUUCCGUCUUUUUCUCCCUCGGCUCUGUUCUAUCUGCGGGCGUUGCGUUAAUAGUCAUUCCUUCUCGUUCAUGUCCCCCUAAGGAGCCCUGUGAUGUCAUUACCCAGAACACAGGCUGGCAAUUCAUGCUCGUAUGCCUUGGUGUCAUUACACUUUCGAUGUUCCUCGCACGUAUGGUCUUCUUCCGAUUGCACGAGUCUCCGCGGUACCUCGUACACGCUGGUCGUCACCAAGAAGCACUAGAAAGUCUCCAGCUCAUUUCUAGGUUCAAUGGCUCUGAGCUACCAAUAGAGAUAGAGGACGUCGAUGACAGGCCUCCAUCCAUCUCCGAAGCACACGCAGCUGCAGGGGAGCGUAUUCCAUUCCUCCCUAAUUCCAGCUCCCAAGAUCCUCGCACAAAUAACGAGACGUUGUUCGAUGCAGGUGCGGAUGGCAGCAGCACUUCGAACGACCAGAAUGGGGCAAAAGUCUACCAGUCGAUGGACGAAGCCUCUCAUGAUUCAUUAGAUGGACAUUCGUUCAUAACUCCCGUUGGUGAGGUGCCUCCGCACGGACAAAGCCUUGCGCGCGGGCAUAACUCUCACUCUUCCUCUCGAGACUCGGAGUCCGAGUCCAAAGACCUUCUCUCCAUCCCCGAAGUGCGCCCGCGGCCUCGCCAAAGAACUAUACACCCUCGGACGUCAUCCGUGGUUUCCAUUGAGAUGAAACAGCGUGUUGGGAGUGUGUUACCUCGAUGGGUGCGUCGGCCGCUGCUUGCAUGGCUAGACCGUGUCGGCAUGGUCUUGGCCCCCGAGUGGUUCCGGACAACGGUACUCAUGUGGGGCGUGUGGUUCUUUAUGUCAUUAGCGUACACCAUGUUUAAUGUCUACCUCCCCAAGCUGCUUGAAACUGGGUCGAGUGAUGAUACCUCGACCAAGUCUCUAGAAGAUAGCUUGUGGGAUGUUUUAAUAUUUACUAUGGGAGGAUGUCCUGGUGCCAUUCUCGGAGCCUAUAUGGUUGAAAGUCCUCUUGGCCGGCGGGGCUCACUGGCUGCGACUACGUUCGUCACGGCAUUCUUUUGUAUCGUAUUCGCGCUCGUCAGAAGCGCGCUUUUAGUGCGUGUGAGUUCGGUGGGGAUUAGUCUUAGUGCGACGACUAUGUAUGCUGUACUGUAUGGCUGGACACCGGAAAUAUUCGGGACCAAGGUCCGGGGAACAGCAUGCGGCAUCGCAUCCGCGCUAUCACGAAUAGGCGGGAUGAUCGCCCCUCUGCUCGGCGGUGCACUUCUCGUCUUCAAUCGUGGGUUCCCGGUGUGGACGAGCGUUGUCGUGUAUGGCAUCACUGGCGUCUUUGUGCUGCUCUUGCAUGAGUCUGCCGGGAAUAUCAAUGGGGGUGGAGAGCGCUCGUUCGUGCACUAGACGAAAAUCUUUUGUACUGACAGAAGUGUACAGCGCCGCUGGAUUCAUGUGCUGCUUCUGAUUGAUGGUCGUUGUGCUAUGAUAUAUCUGGAGGAAGUACCUUGACAUGCAUUCGGUGUCAGGUUGUAUCAGGUCCACUCCAAGUCUCAGGUUUCCGGAGUUGUCUUUUGCAUGGCGCUAUGUAUAGACACAUCUAGUACCAUUUGA